CGCUGCGCUCCGCCUCCACCGCCGUCCUUCUCCUCUCUCCCCCAAUCACCGCCCACGCCACCCACCACCAUGGCCUCCUCCGCCUCCGUUUCUCCCGCCGCCGCCUCCCACCACCGCCUCCUCCUCCCCUGCUCCCCGCGCCGCCUCCCCCGCCCCCGCCCCCGCCCUAGCCCGCGCCUCCUCCGCUCCGCCCGCCCCCGCCUCGUCGCCUGCCACGCCGACACCCUCCUCCCCUCCUCGUCCCCCGCCGCCGCCGCCGCCGCGUGCGCCUCCACCGCCUCCGCCAACGGGUUCUCCGACUGGCUGCGGGAGCACGGGCUGCCGCCGGGGAAGGUGGCCAUCCUCGACCGACCCGUCCCCUGCUUCCGGGAGGGCAAGGACCUGCCGCUGCACUACGUCGCCGCGGGGCAGGAUCUCGAGGCUGGGGAUGUGGCGUUCGAGGUGCCCAUGUCGCUCGUCGUCACGCUGGAGAGGGUGCUCGGAGACGAGUCCGUCGCUGAAUUGCUAACAACAAACAAAUUAUCUGAGCUGGCAUGCUUGGCUUUGUAUCUCAUGUAUGAGAAAAAGCAAGGACAAGAUUCAUUUUGGUAUCCUUACAUUAAGGAGCUUGAUCGCCAGCGAGGAAGGGGGCAAUUAGCUGUUGAAUCUCCACUUCUGUGGACCGAAAGUGAACUGAACUACCUGAAGGGUAGCCCCAUCAAGGAUGAAGUUGUUGCAAGAGACGAGGGAAUAAGGCGAGAGUAUAAUGAGCUCGACACACUGUGGUUCAUGGCAGGUUCAUUGUUUCAGCAAUAUCCUUUUGACAUACCUACCGAGGCUUUUCCAUUUGAGAUCUUCAAGCAAGCUUUUGUCGCAGUACAGUCUUGCGUGGUCCAUUUGCAGAAAGUUAGUUUAGCUCGAAGAUUUGCGCUAGUUCCAUUGGGCCCACCACUAUUGACCUACAAGAGCAACUGCAAAGCAAUGCUGACAGCUGUUGGUGAUUCUGUUCGGUUGGUUGUGGAUCGACCAUACAAAGCGGGAGAACCAAUAAUCGUCUGGUGUGGGCCACAGCCUAACUCUAGAUUGCUCCUCAACUACGGUUUUAUUGACGAAGAUAAUCCAUAUGAUCGUAUAGUGAUUGAGGCAUCCCUAAACAUAGAAGAUCCUCAGUUCCAAGAGAAGAGAAUGGUUGCUCAAAGAAAUGGGAAGCUGGCUAUCCAAAAUUUCCAUGUCUGUGUGGGUAAAGAGAAGGAAACAAUUGCAGAAAUGCUGCCCUAUUUGAGGCUAGGAUACAUUUCAGAUCCAGAUGAAAUGCAAUCCAUACUUUCUUCAGAAGGUGAUACAUGUCCAGUCAGUCCAUGCACAGAGCGAGCAGUACUUGACCAACUUGUUGGAUACUUGGAGUCACGAUUGGCUGAUUAUCCAACAACUUUGGAUGAGGAUGAUGCUAUGUUGGCAGAUGGCAAUUUGGAACCAAAAAAGGAAGUCGCUACUAGGCUUGUAAGAUUGGAGAAGAAAUUGUUGCAUGGUUGUCUCCAGGCUGCUAAUGAGUUCAUAAAUGAUUUGCCUGACCACACUGUGUCACCUUGCCCUGCUCCAUUUGCUCCUGAAUUGAAAUAAGAAAAGUAAAGCAUGCAGCGAGCAUUAAUUCUUGCAACAUGGGUGUCACUUCUAAUGGUGUUCUCAUUAAUGAUCACAUCCAGUUGAAGUGCAUUAGAAGUGCUUCUUUGCAGGAAAUCUGAAGCCUGGCUGACGGGUGUAAUAGGGAUUUCACUGCCCGCAUGCAGAUUUGGCGAUUAGUUGCAUUGCACACAAGUGUGCACGGAUGUUUUGUUAACCUAGUGGCUUUUAUAUUCACUGAGUAGAUUCUGUACAUUCUGAUGAUUGACUGAGAUGGUAAUGCCAAUGUACAUGUUCAGUCUCAUUUGUCAAUAGAGAUUCUGUACAUGUUAUAUUUUUGGGUGUUGGCAUGAUUUCCGCCGUUCUCUUUUCAUGGCCUGUUUGAUUUUUAGCUGUCUGACUACACAGCAGAGAAUUGUAUGCAACAGUUUACUGUGAUGGCUGCCAAGGAAUCGCAUUCAUUUGAAAUGCUCCACCAUUUUUCUGUCUA